UCUCUGUCUCUUGGUUAUGAUCAUCUCGAAGUUACCUUUCAAAGAAUCAGUACGAACAAGUGUUCUUUCUAAGCAAUGGAGGUAUCUUUUUCGCGAAACAACAAGCCUUGUUUUCAAAGAAUCCGAGUUCAUGACACAACCUGUUUUCAAUAGAAAAACAGUAGAACCCACAAGGGUUGAUACGUUAUUGUUUGUUCGUGUUAUGCGUGAAUGUGUCUCAAGGUUCACUGGUAAAGUCAUCGAAAAUUUCGAACUUCAUCUCUCCCAACCGAUAGGAUUCGAGGAAGAUAUCAUGUCUCUCACCAAAUUCGCUGCCUCCCGACAAGUCAAGAACUUAGUUCUUGAUUUCUCAAACCCUACCCAAGAAAACAUAAGUCUAGCCUUGCAGGCUCGAAGAGAUCGUGCAUCCAGAUGCAUAUAUCCUCGGAAGAACGAAUUGGAUGUUUCCCAUCUCUUCUUCAAUUUCUUAUAUGUUAGGGAUUUAACAGUCUGCUCAUUUCUCCUCCAGAUGCUCAAAGAUUGUGACGAUCCUAUGGCUUUGCACGAUCCGUUGAAGACUAGACAUUUAGUGAUGAAAACAAAUUUGCACACAAAUGACUUCAUGGGAAUGAGUAUAUUUCUCAAGAGCUGUCCGGAACUGGAAUCUCUAACCUUCGAUAUACUCACUACUCGUUUAGCGAGAGCUCCUUCGCCAUUAGUUAUAGAUCCUGCAAAGUAUUGGAUUACUAGCAAUGCUUAUGAGUGUUUGGAAAAAACUCUUAAGGUUGUGAAGGUUAAGAACUUUCGUGGCAGGUCGAACGAGUUACAUGUGCUUCAGUACCUUAUUCGUACUGGUCGUGUGAUGGAACGGCUUGACCUUUAUGAGGCAAAAGGAUUGAAUCAUAAACAAAAGAGUUCGGUAUUGGCUAGCGUUGAGGAGGUUCAACAGAAUUUCAAGAGAGCUUCGAGGAAUUUACAAAUUACUUUACACAAUGCUUGAUUGAAGCAUUGUUGAGUAUUAUUUCCAUCUGAACAAUGUACUCGUCUAGUGAUCCUUUCGAGUUUGCUUUAUUUCAUAAUAAGGGUGUGUGUUUAGGUGUUCAUUUGGAUAUGUUGGUUGAGUAGUUUAAUUAUUAA